UUUUCUUACAGUCAGAAAAUGACAUUCAAGAGUCUUGGUCGAAAGCUGAUGCCUUCUCGAAAGUAAGCUCGAAGGCUACUUCUUCAUUCCUUGCGCAUUUGACCGGUGUUAUGGACAAUGUUUUACAUUAAUCUUUCCGCAUUUCCCUUCUUAUCUCUUGUUCAACAUUAUCUAUUGUAACUACAGUCAUCUUUUGCGAUGAGAUACCCUUAUGCAGUGGACCAUAUACAGGCGUCUAGUCGUUAUUGCAUUGCUUUUUUUCAUUUAUUUCUGUUUCUGCAAAAAGAGCUUUCUUUCAUGUACUUUUUUUUUUUUUUUCUCUUUCUCUUCUCUAAUAUUUUCUUUUUAUUUCCAUUUCUAUUGCUAUUCAACUGUAUUUGCGAGACUUUGCUGGAAUAUACAUUGUACAGUAAUACAUCUAUCUAGGGCACAAUAUGACCGUAUAAUUAUUCACUUGCAUGAAACAAUGUCAUCGUCCAGGAUGCCUAAGCACUUAUAGCUUCAAUCUAUUUAACGAAACAACUACUGGGUAUGCUUCAAUGCCAC